AUGGGGCGUAUGUUGCGCGUUGUCAAACUGCUGACUGCACUUCUGCUGGUCCCUCCAUCAGUCGCAGGCCCGGUCAACACAACUAGCGGGCCAGUAACUGGCCAUCCUUCAACCUCUCGACCAGCAGUUGUCGAGUAUUUAGGAAUUCCAUACGCAAAGGCUCCGAUUGGCGAACUUCGGUUUGCAGCUCCCGUCAAAUUCGCUUCUGACAAGCCCUUCGAUGCCGCAAAAUUUACACCAAGCAAGCCAAUUGAGUAUCCUAAUGCAACUGAUGUACUGCGACCUAUCAUUGCGAAUUUCGCCGGCCAAAAUGUUAAGCCCCAGAGCGAAGAUUGCUUGAAAUUGAAUGUUUGGACCAAGAAUACGUCGUCCAAGAAGAAGCCGGUCUUGCUUUGGAUCCACGGCGGUCGUUUUGCUGUUGGGAGCACAAACAGCCUCUUUUACCAGGGUCAAUAUAUCGCGGAUCAGGAAGAUGUUAUUGUGGUAUCAAUGAAUUACCGCCUCACCGUCUUUGGAUUCCCUGGCGCACCUGGAUCACCCCAGAACUUGGGGUUGCUUGAUCAGCGGAUGGGAAUAGAAUGGGUCCGGGAUAACAUUGCUGGUUUUGGGGGUGAUCCGAGUCGUAUCACUAUCUUUGGCCAGUCUGCUGGAGGCGUCGCAGUCGACUACCAUAUGUAUACGUAUGCCGAUGAUCCUAUCGUUAACGGUGUUAUGCCCAUGUCCGGGACAGCCCUAAGCAUGACACCUAAUACCCCGGAACAAUCCCAGAAAUACUGGUAUACCCUAUCUGAAGCUCUCGGGUGUGGCAGUUCUGGGGAUACUCUCCCUUGUGUGAGAUCUAAAACAGCCACGGAUGUUUUAGCUGCAGUAUCCAAAGUACCACCGGAAACCAGCAAGGCGCUGCCACAGCCGGUAUUCCAUCCCACAGUUGACGAAGAAAUCGUCUUCUCUAACUACGAAGAACGUGCAUCCAAGGGGAUGUUUGCCAAGGUUCCAUACCUUGUUGGAAAUGGGAAUUUUGAGGCUGGCUACUAUAAGAUCGCCGCGUUUACAUGCUCCUCUUUUAGAGAGGCAAGUUACCGUGCAGCGAGUGGUGUUCCGGUUUGGCGAUAUAUGUACUUCGGCGAAUGGCCCAACUCCAUCCUAUACCCAGGGAGUGGCUCGUAUCACGGCAGCGAUGUUUCCCAGUUCUUUGGCACGGCAGAGGAUGUCAGUGAUGACACGGCAAACACUGCCACCGAAGCUAAGGUUUCGUCAUACAUGAUGCACGCACUUGCAACCUUUGCCGCUGACCCUCACGGGGGCCUGUCAAAGUUGGGGUGGCCAAAAUAUGAGAAGGACGGUAAAGGAAACAUACUGGUGGGGCUGGCCUUUAAAAAUAAAGUUCGUCCUACGUUUGUCUCCCCGUUGAUGUUAGAUCUUGAUUGUCCAUUGGUUGGUAUGGACACGUCUUACGCCCAGGGGGGGUUUUAA